AUGGAAGCCACCACCUCGCUGCUGGAUGCCGCAGCGGUCGGGGACCUGGUGCUGCUGGACCCGCUCACUGAGAAUUCGCUGCUCCACACCCUGCAGGAGCGCUUCCGCCGCAGUGACAUCUACACGUACAUCGGGAACGUGGUGAUCUCAGUGAACCCCUACCGGUCCCUGCCCAUCUACACCCCCGAGAAGGUGCAGGAGUACCACAACUGCAACUUCUUUGCUGUGAAGCCCCACAUCUAUGCUAUCGCUGACGAUGCCUACCGCUCGCUCCGGGAUCGGGACAGGGACCAGUGCAUCCUCAUCACUGGCGAGAGUGGGGCCGGCAAGACAGAGGCCAGCAAGCUGGUGAUGUCCUACGUGGCGGCCGUGUGCAGCAAAGGGGAGGAGGUGGACAAGGUGAAGGAGCAGCUCCUCCAGUCCAAUCCCGUACUGGAGGCCUUUGGAAACGCCAAGACUGUCCGCAAUGACAACUCCUCCAGAUUCGGCAAGUACAUGGACGUGGAGUUUGACUUCAAGGGGGAGCCCCUGGGAGGGGUCAUUAGCAACUACCUGCUGGAGAAAUCCCGCAUCGUCCGGCAUGUGAAGGGCGAGAGGAACUUCCACAUCUUCUACCAGCUCCUGGCCGGGGGCUCAGCGCAGCUGCUCCAGCAGCUGAAGCUCCGCCAGGACUGCCAGCACUACAGCUACCUGAACCGGGAGAGCUCUGGCCUGCCCGGCAUGGAUGAUGCGGCCAACUUCCGCGCCGUGCAGGAUGCCAUGAGGGUCAUAGGCUUCUCACCCACCGAGGUGACGGCGCUGCUGGAGGUGACAGCUGUGGUGCUCAAGCUGGGCAACGUGCAGCUGAGCAGCAACUACCAGUCCAGUGGGAUGGAGGCCUGCAGCAUCGCUGAGCCGCAGGAGCUGCAGGAGAUCUGCGAGCUGAUCGGGCUGGACCCCAGCAUGUUAGAGCGGGCGCUGUGCUCCCGCACCGUAAAGGCGCGGGACGAGGCAGUGCUCACCACCCUCAGCGUCCCCCAGGGCUACUACGGCCGGGACGCACUGGCCAAGAACAUCUACAGCCGCCUCUUCGACUGGCUGGUGAACCGCAUCAACACCAGCAUCCAGGUGAAGCCGGGCAAGCAGAGGAAGGUGAUGGGUGUCCUGGACAUCUAUGGCUUUGAGAUCUUCCAGGACAACGGCUUUGAGCAGUUCAUCAUCAACUACUGCAAUGAGAAGCUGCAGCAGAUCUUCAUCCUGAUGACCCUGAAGGAGGAGCAGGAGGAAUACGUCCGAGAGGGCAUCCAGUGGACCCCAGUGGAGUUUUUCGACAACAGCAUCAUCUGCAACUUGAUCGAGAACAGCAAGUGCGGAAUCCUGGCCAUGCUGGAUGAGGAGUGCCUGCGGCCCGGAGUGGUCAACGAGGAUACCUUCCUCACCAAGCUGAACCAGCUCUUCGCCACCCACAAGCACUAUGAGAGCAAGGAGACCCAGAACGCCCGGCACAUCAUGGACGCCAGCCUGCCACCACAAUGCUUCCGCAUCCACCACUAUGCUGGCAAGGUGACCUACAACGUGACAGGCUUCAUUGAGAAGAACAACGACCUGCUCUUCCGCGACCUCUCACAGGCCAUGUGGGCCGCCCAGCACACACUGCUGCGCUCCCUCUUCCCUGAGGGAGACCCCCAGAGGGUCUCCCUCAAGCUGCCCCCCACCGCAGGCUUCCAGUUCAAGGCCUCAGUAGCAACGCUGAUGAAGAACCUCUAUUCCAAGAACCCCAACUACAUCAGGUGCAUCAAACCCAACGAGACCAAAACAGCAAUGCUCUUCACGCCAGAGCUGGUGCUGGCGCAGAUCCGGUACCUGGGGCUGAUGGAGAACGUGCGGGUGCGGCGGGCAGGCUAUGCCUUCCGCCAGCUCUACGGCCUCUUCCUGGAGCGCUACAAGAUGCUCAGCCCCCGGACCUGGCCCCGCUGGGCCGGCAGUGACAGGGAGGGGGCCAAGGUGCUGCUGGCGGAGCUGGCGUUCCCCCCCGAGGAGCUGGCGUUCGGCCACACCAAGAUCUUCAUCCGCUCACCACACACCCUCUUCGACCUGGAGAGGCGGCGCCAGGAGCGCGUGGCCCAACUCGCCACCCUCAUCCAGAAGAUGUUUCGGGGCUGGCGGUGUCGGACCCAGUACCAGCUGAUGCGCAAGAGCCAGAUCAUCAUCUCUGCCUGGUUCCGGGGCCACAUGCAAAAGAACAAAUACAAGCAGAUGAAGCGGUCAGCACUGAUCAUCCAGGCGUAUGCACGGGGCUGGAAGUCUCGCCGGCUCCUCCAGGAGCUGAAGUCCCAGUGCCACCGUCGUGCGGCCGCCACCACCAUCGCCGCUUACUGGAGAGGGUACCAGGUCCGCAGGGCGUACAGGAGGUAUUUCCGCUCCGGGGCCAGCGCCCGCCUGGCCAACUUCAUCUACCGGCGGCUGGUGCAGAAGUUCCUGGUGGGGCUGAGGAGGAACCUUCCACCGCUGUCAGUGAUGGACCGGACCUGGCCCCCCACGCCAUACAAGUUCCUGGCUGCUGCCAACCAGGAGCUGAGGAGCAUCUUCUACCGCUGGAAGUGCACGGGGCAGCGCUGGCUGAUGGCCUCUGUCCCCAGCCUGCAGCAGCCCUUCCAGGGCGAGUACCUGGGGUUGACGCAGAACCCCAAGUACCAGAAGCUCCAUGCCGUGGCCAAGGACAAGCUGGUGAUGGCUGACACUGUGAGGAAGGUGAACAGAGCCAAUGGCAAGACGGUCCCACGCCUGCUGCUGCUUACCACCGAGCACCUGGUCCUGGCUGACCCCAAGGCCGCCCAGCCCAAGACUGUGCUCAGCCUGAGCGAUAUCCGCAGUGUCUCCGUCACCCGCUUCUCCGACGGCUUGCUGGCCCUGCACCUCAAGGAGACCUCCACAGGAGGAGCCAAGGGCGACUUUCUGCUCGUCAGUGACCACCUCAUUGAGCUCAUCACCCGCCUGCACCAGACCCUCAUGGAUGCCACUGCCCAGGCCCUGCCCCUGCACAUCGCUGGCCAGAAGGUGGAAAAUUUGAGGUAUGACUAG